UCUCAGUCUCUGUCUUCACUUUUUCGUUCCUGACUCUCUGCUUUGUAUCGUGUACGCAGGCCUCGCACACGAUAUCGGUGAUCUAUUACAACUCUGAUAUAGUUCAGCUGUUGUCCUACCCACCUGUGCCUUUGAAAACUUGGCUCGCCCACGAGUCUGCAUUUCAAGCAGUCAGCCCUUUGAAUUCCAAGUCGAGAGCUGGUUCUCUUGGCGUGAUUGUUCGAUUUCUUCGCCUUGCCUGUUGAUUAUCGCAUCGAUGUCGAACUUCGACGACAGCCACAACAACUCCCCUCAGACGUACGAGCCUGUCGUUCCUACGGAUCUCACCCGCGGCUCCUAUCACAGCGCAAUGGGUCCCCCACCACAGCACACCGUGCGAGAGACUCGCAGCUCGUCUGAUACGAGCAAUGCGUCGCUCAAGAGCCCACGCACUGCUCGAUUCGCCGAGGCCACAUCCAUCCACUCUCCAAUUGAACGGACGGAAGCUGGUCGGUCACCCUUUGCCGAUCCUCCCAAGUCCCAGGCGCAGAGUGGCGGUGUUGGUGAUCUCGGCUUCGGUUAUGUUGCAGCCAACAACCCAGCUCAGCAUGCGGAUGACCAGGUUCCAAUGUCGCCUUUCAGACCUGACCUGAAGGUACCCCAGACGGCCAAGUCAUUGAACCCGCUUAGCCCAACUUUCCGUGAGGAGUAUAUGCUCGAGAAGCAAGAAAAGAAGGCCGAAGUGGAAAACGCCCGAGAUUUGAGAAUCAAACUUCGCGUCCGUAUCGCAAAGGUCUUCCUAAGAUUCGUCAGCUUUGGCUGCAGUCUCAUUGUGCUAUCUCUCUUAGCUGUGACAUUGACCGUCUUUAACGCAACCAAGAGCCUUCCCACUCGUAACAACCUCCCAGCCUGGGCAGCAGGUACCAACCCGUGGGCCCAGUACCUCCUCCUGGGAAUGGCCUGCGUCUCCCUAGUCGCCUGUCUAAUUGUAUUCUGGGCGUACCGCAAAGGCGGACACAAGCGCGCCGAGAAAGCUGCAGUCUACUACACAAGCUUCUCCAUCGCCUUCUUCGCCUUCAACCUGAUAAUGUGGAUCGUCGGCGCAGCAAUCUACCAACACUCAAAGGCGACCGGAGAACACAAAGACAUGUGGGGAUGGUCCUGCGCCCAGAACACCCGUGAAGAGAUCUACCACAACAGCGUCGACUACGCCCUCCUCUGCCGCCUCCAAGACUGGGGCCUAGUCUGCGCAAUCAUCGAAGUCGUCAUCGAAGUCCUAAUCAUCAUAAUCUACGUCGUAGUCUUCUACCGCAUCUGGAGCAAGCGCAAGCUCAUGAAAUCAAUGGAUACCCGCGAUAACGCCCGCUCAGAUCUCUACCUCGCCCAGCUUCGUCUCCAAUCUGCCCCGAACACGCCCGGCUUCGCAGGCUUCAGCUCCUACCCGCCCAAAUCCCCCUCUACGCCGCUGCUCCUGUCGACGCUUACUCGGCCGCCGAGAAGGGCCAGGUUACCCAGACGCAAUACGCUUCGCCAGUCUCGCCUACACGUCCGACUCCGUCCUUCCAGCUGCAGCCCCCGCCUAUUCGUGUUCAGCAGGCUACGCCGCAGACUGCGCAGGGUGAGUUCGCUCCUCGUCAGUCGCAUUCGCCGUCCCCGCCUCCUCAACACCAGGCUCCGCAGUCUCAGUAUGUCAGUGCUCCCGGUGAGCAGACUUACGCUGCUGUGCCGAUUCCUGGAGCUUAUGGGAGUCCCAUGGGCCCGACGUUCCCGGCUGCUGUACACAAAUGAGUUUGAAUGACUAUAUGCUUUUUUAUUACCAUGCUAUUUAUCGUUUGGUUCGAUCUUGGCAACCCCUUUGAAAACAAGAAAAUAUUCAAAUCAUUAAGAAAAAACUCGGAAAACCCGAAAAAUACCUGUCUUAUGUGGCGUGCUUCAAAACCGGACAUGCAAAUUUCUGCUCUUUCCUUUUUCUUCUGUCCUCCUUAUCUUGGAGUCUAUAAUGUACACCCUGUGGCGUGUGGGAGUUUGGUGAAAGAUAUUGAUACCUAUUUGAACUUUCGUACACCGUUUGUGUAUUACUCUCCUUCUCAUCUUUGGGUUUAGUCCAUUGGUUUUAUAUUGCAGUUAUACAUACAUAUUUGCAUAUUUUCCAG